GGGGUAAGUGAGGAACCCCGACUCCGCUUCUAGUCCUGGCUGCCUCUGAAGCGACCAGGGUCUUCCCUUUCCCCGGGCUUUCUAGACUUGACCAGAUAUGUUGGAGGGAGGGCUCCAAAAAUCUGUUCACAAAGCUGGAGGACUGUUUCCAAGGGGUGUGUGUGUCUGGACGAUUUGUCUCUUCCCCUUUUACUGUCCUGUCCUCUUUAUUUCCUCAACCCGCGACAAACAGCAGGAAGAUCUAAAGACCUCUGAAUUGGUUUGUGGCAACCCUGCAUCCAGCAAGUUUAUCAGCACAAUUUUCCGACAGCCUCUGUUCACUUCGUGUCUCGUCACGUUUUGCUUCAUGUUUCCUGUUGCAGGUGGGAUAAGACCCCCUCAAGCAGGCCUGAUGCCGAUGCAGCAACAAGGAUUUCCUAUGGUCUCUGUCAUGCAGCCUAAUAUGCAAGGCAUUAUGGGAAUGAAUUACAGCUCUCAGAUUUCCCAAGGACCUAUUGCUAUGCAGGCAGGAAUACCAAUGGGACCAAUGCCAGCAGCAGGAAUGCCUUACCUAGGACAAGCACCCUUCCUGGGCAUGCGUCCUCCAGGCCCACAGUACACUCCAGACAUGCAGAAGCAGUUUGCUGAAGAGCAGCAAAAACGAUUUGAACAGCAACAAAAACUCUUAGAAGAAGAAAGAAAAAGGCGCCAGUUUGAAGAGCAGAAGCAAAAGCUCAGACUUUUGAGCAGUGUGAAACCCAAGACAGGAGAGAAGAGUAGAGAUGAUGCUUUGGAAGCCAUAAAAGGAAAUUUAGAUGGAUUUUCCAGAGAUGCAAAGAUGCACCCUACUCCAGCAUCGCACCCCAAAAAACCAGAUUGCCCCACAUCUCAUUCUACUAAAACUGUCUCCCUAUCACCUGCCUUUCUUGAUGAAGAAGAAUUCAGUGACUUUAUGCAGGGGCCUGUUGAAGUUCCCCCAUGCGGGCCUUCUUCCAUGUCCCAGCCCUUUCAGUCUUUCCACCCUUCCACCCCACUUGGCCAGUUGUGUACACAGAAGGCUGGGACACAGCCUCUCCCUCCAGGCCCUUUCUUGGAGGAGAAGCUCCUCGUAUCUUGUGAUAUAAGUACAUCUGGGCAGGAACAAAUUAAAUUAAAUACCUCUGAAGUUGGCCACAAAGCCCUAGGCCCAGGUUCCAGUAAGAACCAUCCCAGUUUAACGGCCAGUAACGGGGGUGCUGUAGAUGGAUGUGUAAGUGGCACCACUACUGCAGAGGCAGAAAAGACUUCAGAUCAAAACCUGUCAAUUGAAGAGAGUGGUGUGGGAGUAUUUCCCUCACAGGAUCCUGUUCAGCCCAGAAUGCCUCCUUGGAUUUACAAUGAGAGCUUGGUUCCAGAUGCCUAUAAGAAAAUCUUAGAAACCACAAUGACUCCAACUGGAAUAGAUACUGCAAAACUGUAUCCCAUUCUGAUGUCAUCUGGACUUCCCAGGGAAACUCUUGGACAGAUAUGGGCCUUAGCUAAUCGAACUACACCUGGCAAACUUACAAAAGAAGAACUUUAUACCGUUCUUGCCAUGAUAGCAGUAACACAGAGGGGCGUUCCUGCAAUGAGUCCUGAUGCUUUAAACCAGUUCCCAGCAGCUCCUAUUCCAACUUUAAGUGGUUUUUCUCUGACUCUGCCUACGCCAGUGAGUCAGACAACUGUGAUACCGUCAGGCCCUGCGGGCUCCAUGCCCCUCAGCCUUGGACAGCCAGUCAUGGGCAUUAACCUUGUUGGACCAGUGGGUGGAGCUGCAGCCCAGGCUUCUGGUGGUUUCCUGCCAACUUACCCUGCAAAUCAGGUAGUAAAGCCAGAAGAAGAUGACUUCCAGGAUUUUCAAGAUGCUUCUAAGUCAGGAUCCCUUGAUGACUCAUUCAGUGAUUUCCAAGAGUUGCCUGCUUCUUCAAAAACCAGUAACUCCCAGCAUGGAAAUAGUGCCCCUUCUUUGUUGAUGCCACUUUCUGGAACUAAAGCAUUGCCUUCAAUGGACAAAUAUGCUGUAUUUAAAGGAAUUGCCGCUGAUAAGUCUUCUGAAAAUACUGUUCCACCUGGAGAUCCUGGUGAUAAAUAUAGUGCUUUCAGAGAACUCGAACAGACGGCAGAGAAUAAACCUUUAGGAGAAAGCUUUCCAGAAUUCAGAUCUGCAGGAACUGAUGAUGGUUUCACCGAUUUUAAAACAGCUGAUAGUAUAUCACCACUAGAGCCACCGACAAAAGACAAAACUUUUCCACCAUCCUUCCCCUCAGGAACUAUACAACAGAAGCAGCAAACACAAGUGAAAAAUCCUCUGAACUUAGCAGACCUUGAUAUGUUUUCCUCAGUUAAUUGCAGCAGCGAGAAACCAUUGUCUUUUUCAGCUGCGUUUAGCACAUCUAAAUCAGCUUCCACACCACAGCCAACAGGUUCCGCUGCUACUACGGCAGCAUUGGCAUCGACAGCAUUGGCAUUGACGAAGACUUCUAGUUUGGCUGAUGAUUUUGGAGAAUUCAGCCUUUUUGGGGAAUAUUCUAGUCCAGCAUCUGUUGGGGAGCAGGAUGACUUUGCAGAUUUUAUGGCUUUCAGUAAUAGCUCUAUUUCAUCUGAGCAAAAGGCAGAUGACAAAUAUGAUGCCCUUAAAGAGGAAGCCAGUCCUGUUUCUCUAACCAGCAACAUGGGCAGCACAGUGAAAGGUGGGCAGAAUCCCACUGCUGCAUCUUCCAAGUAUGAUGUCUUCAGACAACUUUCUCUGGAAGGGUCUGGACUAGGUGUUGAAGACCUGAAAGAUAACACUCCUUCAGGAAAAAGUGAUGAUGAUUUUGCUGACUUCCACUCCAGCAAACUUUCUUCUAUAAACUCAGACAAAUCCCUGGGAGAGAAAGCUGUGGCUUUCAGACACACCAAAGAAGACUCUGCGUCAGUGAAGUCCUUGGAUCUCCCUUCCAUUGGUGGCAGCAGUGUUGGCAAGGAGGACUCUGAAGAUGCACUCUCUGUUCAGUUUGACAUGAAAUUGGCUGAUGUGGGAGGAGAUCUUAAGCAUGUCAUGUCUGAUAGCUCUUUGGAUUUACCAACAGUUAGUGGCCAGCAUCCUCCUGCUGCAGAUAUAGAGGACUUAAAAUAUGCUGCUUUUGGAAGCUACAGUAGCAAUUUUGCAGUGAGCACACUUACAAGCUAUGACUGGUCAGACAGGGAUGAUGCAUCUCAGGGCAGAAAACUCUCUCCAUUUGUCCUCUCAGCAGGAAGUGGAUCCCCCUCAGCGACCUCAAUUCUUCAAAAGAAAGAGACUUCAUUUGGCAGUUCUGAAAACAUCACCAUGACAUCUCUUUCCAAAGUAACGACCUUUGCAAGUGAAGAUGCUCUUCCAGAGACAACCUUCCCAGCUUUUGCCAGUUUUAAAGACAUGAUUCCUCAGACCCCUGAGCAAAAGGAAUAUGAAAGCAGAGACUAUAAAGAUUUCACAAGACAGGACCUGCCUACAGCUGAACGAAGCCAAGAGGCCACGUGUCCCAGCCCAGCUUCCAGUGGUGCCUCUCAAGAAACCCCCAACGAAUGUUCAGAUGACUUUGGAGAGUUUCAAAGUGAAAAGCCCAAAAUCAGCAAAUUUGACUUCUUAGUAGCCACUUCACAAAGCAAAAUGAAAUCCAGUGAAGAAAUGAUCAAAAGUGAGCUGGCAACCUUUGACCUUUCUGUUCAAGGAUCACACAAGAGGAGUUUGAGCCUUGGUGAUAAAGAAAUAAGCCGUUCUUCUCCUUCUCCAGCUUUGGAGCAGCCUUUCAGAGACCGUUCCAAUACUCUCAAUGAGAAGCCUGCGCUGCCUGUCAUCCGAGACAAGUACAAAGACCUGACAGGAGAGGUGGAGGAAAAUGAGAGAUAUGCAUAUGAAUGGCAGAGGUGCCUGGGGAGUGCCCUGGAUGUCAUUAAGAAGGCAAAUGAUACCUUAAAUGGAAUCAGUAGUAGUUCUGUUUGCACAGAAGUAAUUCAGUCAGCACAAGGCAUGGAAUAUUUAUUAGGUGUUGUUGAAGUGUACAGGGUAACCAAGCGUGUGGAGCUGGGGAUAAAAGCCACUGCAGUAUGCAGUGAGAAACUGCAGCAGUUGCUGAAGGACAUCGAUAAAGUAUGGAACAACCUAAUCGGCUUCAUGUCACUCGCCACACUCACACCAGAUGAGAACUCGCUGGAUUUUUCCUCCUGUAUGCUACGGCCUGGGAUUAAAAAUGCUCAGGAACUUGCCUGCGGCGUGUGCCUCUUAAAUGUGGACUCAAGGAGCCGGAAAGAAGAGAAGCCUGCAGAAGAACAUCCUAAAAAAGCAUUCAACUCAGAAACAGACAGUUUCAAGCUGGCCUAUGGAGGGCACCAGUAUCACGCCAGCUGUGCCAACUUCUGGAUCAACUGUGUCGAACCAAAGCCUCCUGGCCUCAUCCUGCCUGACCUGCUCUGAACAACUCCUCUGUGAAGCAUCAACUUUUUUUUCUGUGACACCCUAUGGGAUGACAGGGACCAAUAACUAGAAUGCGAAUGCUGCACAGCUGGCUGCCGUGACUCUAGAUGAAGAACACCGCAAGGCACGGGGGACGCUGCCGGGCCCAGUCAUUCCCACGGCCGGUCUUCGGGAUUGGAGGUAAAACUGUCCCACCCAAACUGCACAUGGCAACGGAAGUUUGCUCACUUCUCUCUACUUUUCUUAAGAUCUUCUAAAAUAUGGACCAUAGCUUUCUUGAUCUAAGGAAUAAUUUGCUGCUGCAGUAUUGAAACUGUGAAGAACUGACAUUUGAAGAAAAAUAAAUUAUUGUUGUGGGACAGGAACGGGCAAUGGUUUCAAGCCAGUGCUUGUUUUUAUGUAGGAUGCGUACUGUCCCGUGAAGUAGAAUGCGUUUAUCUGCAUUUAGUUUGUUAAUGUCUGUAAUGAAUAAAAAGGGGGAGAUUGUGAUUAAAUGAUGUUCUGUGCCCAUCUCCCCUGGAUUGUAGCAGGCAGGUGAGUGUAGCUUUCACCAACUUUGUUGUCAUAACCAAACCAGUUCUCUACUUUCAUUUCUGUCAGCUAUCAAGACUUUUUCCCAAAACAGGCCUGGGCACUCUGCUGUCAUGAAGAUUGCUCAUUUUGACGGAGGCCCAAAUCCUGUGUAUCAGGAUAAUACCCUUCCCCUCCAGGAGCCUUCAGUGCAAACCUGUUUUGCCACAUGCAAAGACUGCGACCGUGCAGUUUUCUCGGACGAGAUUCAGAAAGGCAGUGGGAUGAAAUCUCUUUGCAGUGGCCCGUCUCCAAAUUUCCAAAGAUGACUGCAUAGGGACCAACACUGCCUGACUUCACAGCAGUAUCUUGAGAAAAACCUGAAAAUUAAUUCAGGGUGAAAAUGUGGAGUUCUUGGCCUAGUGUAAAGUAGCAAGAUGUGUAUUUAUGGGUAGAUACAUGACUUAGAAGAAGUAGAAGGAAACUGUUGAGAAAUAGUACUGAAUUUUAGAUGGAAAAGCUCCUGCUUCCCGGUGUAGGGAAUUUUCUUUGCCAUUUAAUCUGAAUGCAUAAAAUUAGAGGGAAAAAGCCAAGUGGCUGAACACUGUGUUAUUCCUAGGAAGAACAUAGCGAUCUGGGACACACGUCUCUGAACUGUUGUUGAUGCGCUUUGUGAAGAGGUUUUUCAGUCUGCUUUACUUUCCUCUGCAUGGCUUCGGCUCUCUGACCUAGACUUAGCUUUUAUUUUUAAACUGAAAAGGUGUUUGUGUAUAUAAUUGCUUUUACAUAAUUUAUUUUCCCCAUCAGGAUAAAUUCUAUCUUGCUCCAUCUUACAGCUUUUCCAUGUUCUUCAAGAAAGGUUUAGAAGGUUUUCAUUAAACAGCUGUUGGUGAGGCUUCUGCUUGACCUUCUGCAUACCCGAAUGCACAAGAGGCACUGGGAAGAGAAAUGCUUUUCUCACUGGCUCCCAAUGAUACCAUCUCUGGCCAUUCAUGACUGAGACAGCUCACUCUGAAGUGGCACCUUUGGAGCCUUUGCCCACCACAAGGCUAGUGGGACAGUUUUUGGCAGGCUUUUGCAGAGGCCUUGGUGCUUUCAUCCUGGGCAGCGCCAGCUCCACAUGGAGCUGGAAUGCAAGCAGGCUUCUAAUUGACCUUAUAAACUUCAUAACAGAACUAUGACAACAGAAUCUGCCUUUGCAGUAAGAAUAUUUCCCAGGAGUUAGAGACCAGCCCUGGGCAAGAUAACAAGACCCCGACUGUACAAAAAAAGAAUUAGCUGGGCAUGGUGGUGUGCAUCUAUGGGCAUUUGUGGUCCCAGCUACUUGGGAAGCUGAGGCGAGAGGAUUGCAUGAGUCCAGGAGUUUGAGGCUGCAGUAAGCUAUGAUCGUGCCACUGCACUCCAGCCUAGACUACUCUGUCUCUUAAAAAAAAAAAAAAGUUUCCCAGCUUGAAUUUAUAGUGCUGGAACUUUUCAAAAUGCUCUGUAGACUCCUAUCCCAUCACAGUGGCCUAGUAUCGACAUUUAAAAAGUAAACUCACUUGUUAACUGGGCUGGUUUCUAUUUCUGAGAAAUUCCAGAAUGCCUCAGAUAAAAUUCCUUAGUACCAAGGACGAUAGGCUUAGUCACUCCUUGGGAGGUGCCACAGGGAAAUUCAGCAGACAUCAACAAAAAAAAGCUUUUGCUAUGAAAAGUAUUCAGUACCUUUCAUAUCUGUUGAAUACUUGAAAUGUUUAAUUAGAUGCCACCAAUGGGGAUCCGAGGAGUGUGGGACACUGUUGCGCUGCUUUUCUUUAUAAACGUUUAUAAUGACAGCACUGCAUUCAGCUUCACCUCAGCUCUUCUCGUUAGCCAGGAGCCCUGUGUCCUUGGAAACGGUAACCAAGGUUACUUAUUUCCAUACUGUGUAUUGUGUCGGUGGCUUCACCCCACUGCUUGAAUGGCGAUUAAGCCCUUUUCUUUUUUUGGUGGGAUGUUUUGCCUUUAAAAUUUGUAUGGCUUAGUGUGUAAUUUAAUUUUUGUCUGGACAUGCUUGAGCUAGAAGAGGUACUGGAUAUCUUAGGAUAUUUUCCAUGCUUUAUUUUUCCUGUGGUUGCUAGUUAGCAUUUCAUAUGGGUUGUGUGUGUUUAAUUUGGAUAUUUUGGCUGGUCGCGGUGGCUCAUGCCUGUAAUCCCAGCACUUUGGGAGGCCGAGAUGGGUGAAUCACGAGGUCAACAGAUCGAGACCAUCCUGGUCAACAUGGUGAAACCCCGUCUCUACUAAAAAUACAAAAAAUUAGCUGGGCAUGGUGGUACACGCCUGUAGUCCCAGCUACAUGGAGGCUGAGGUAGGAGAAUUGCCCGAAUCCUGGAGGCAGAGGUUGCGGUGAGCCGAGAUCGCGCCAUUGCACUCCAGCCUGGGUAACGAGCGAAACUCCGUCUCAAAAAAAAAAAAAAAAAAAUUGGAUAUUUUGUGUACAUAUACACAGUUGAAGAGUCUUGGGGGGUCUUGUUUAAAAGUGUCUUUUCUUUGCCUGUUUAAUGUGUGCUUCGGCUUUGGAAAGAUCAUAGGGGCUGUAUGUUACAGAAAUAUGAAAUGCUGGCCCUGUACUAGGGACCACUACAAAAAUUCCCCUGAAUACCUUCGAGGUCAAAUGCCUUCCUUUGUGAACAGUUAAUAAACUGACAUUUUCAGACAUUUGCCAUUCAGACAGGGAGCGCUGUAGCCUGCUGUAGACCAUUCCAGCAAAUGUCAGUGUGUGUCGCCUGUAUUUUUUAUGUUUAAGGUAUUUAUUUCUUCAGGUAAGUGUGCACUAAAUAGCAAUAUUGAAAAGCCCACUCCUUGCUGGGCUGAGGAAAUAAAGCUUUAGUGAAACAGUUGGGAGAAAAAUGCCACUUGACACAUGCUUUUUAUAUCAUUAUAAUGAAGCUUUUACUUAAUUCCAUCAUUUAUAUGUUGAUGUGAACGUUAAGUGGUUAUUCACGUGGGACAUCUCAUUACUUUGUAGCUGUGGCUUUAUUAACCAGUGAAUGCUAUGGCCUGUAGGGAAAUGCAUUGUCUUCUGUGUGAUGUGGAAUUUGCUCCUGUAUUUUAAAAGAUGGUAUGUUUUUUUUUUCCCUUGUUUAUAUUUUAAUAACUGCUCUAAUUGAUAUGUUUAGAUAUUAUAAAGUUUUACCUUUAAAAUAUUUUCAGGGUCUGUUCUGAAAUCACAGAACAGGCCCAGAACAGUUAGUGUUGUUAAACUUCACUAACCAAAAUACAAGCGUAGAACAA